AUGGCCUCAUGCCCACCCGAGCUGGUUUCGGAAUCAGCUCGUGAGCGGGAAUCGUUCAAGUAUGGAGCGUCGAUUCUCAACGAUAUCACAGACUCGCCCAGCGAAGGUGCAUCCCCUCCAGGCGCAAAUACCCCCACAGACAAUACAUUCAACGAAGCCAGCAGACAACAAAAGGCCCCGAGAGAUACUGUUCUCGCAUCUCUUGCCCAACUAGGACUCUGGAAGACAGGCACCGAUCGCGCCUUAAUCUCGCUAUUCGAUCGUAAUCAUCAAUAUAUAGUUGCAGAGACAACGCAGAAAUCAUCCCUUGCUCCAGGACCAAUUCAGGCAACGGACGACCAUGGAGAAUUUUGGCUAUACCCUGGAACAUUUCCACGCCAGGUUUCGGUCUGCGAUCGGGCUCUUAUGGCGCAGAAAAACGAUCCUUCUGCCUCUCAAACUGAAUUGCCUCUCACUUUGAUACCCGACCUUAAGGCCGACGCCCGACUAUCCCAACUACCCCAUCCAUUAUCAAGAUUUCCCGCUCGUUUCUAUGCUGCAGUUCCUAUACGAUCACCCGCCGGCGUCGAUAUUGGUGUUUAUUGCGUGAUUGAUCCUCAGCCAAGAGAAGCCGAAACCUGGAGCAAUAGCGACACUCAAGCUCUGCGAGAGGUAUCUUCGAAUAUCAUGGACUAUCUUCAGUCCAAGAGUGUGGGAGACGCUUACAGAAGAAGUGUAAGAAUGACAAGAGGGAUAGGCUCCUUUGUGGAGAGGGAGUCGACCAUGGCCGGCUGGAGAGCCCGUGCUGAUUCUCCAGCAUUUCAUGACGACAUCACCAGAGAAGGUGCUUUGAAUCAUGAGCAACAAGCCCUGCAAAGAUUCCGGGGUCUCAGUCUACAGAAGACGCUGCCGGUGCAUGUGCCGGUGCAAGCCAAUACUGGAAGAGAGACGACUGCCGUGAGAUCCGGGGACGCUGGCCGAGCGAAAAUGACCAGUGUUUCUUCGGAAGGCCCAUCUGCCCGGGAACCUGAGGCCAAUCUGAAAGAGAAAGCAACCGCCAAGAUAUUUUCUCGUGCAGCAAAUCUCAUACGUGAAGGAAUCGAGAUCGAGGGUGUUUUGUUUCUAGAUGCCAAUCUUGAGGCGUCAGCGGUCGACGGAGUGGUUCACGAUGGCAGCCAUUCGAGUCCUGAAUCUUCAUCCAGCAGCGACGAGUCUACAUCUCAAAUAGCCGACGAAGAAGAAAGGCGAUGCUGCGGCAUUCUUGGUUUUGCCACUUCCACUUCGUCUAGCAUCAACUCAGACCCUGGGUCCAAGCUUCAUACCAGUUUACCAAUGAAACUGCUUGCGGCUCUUUUGAGAAGAUACCCAACUGGCAAGAUUUUUAAUUUUGAUGAGGACGGAGGACUUCUGUCUAGUGGAACAUCAGAGGAAGAUAUCUGGUCGUCCGUAUCUAAACAAGAUGAGAUUGGUGAAAGCUCGGCGAUAUCUGUUUCCAGCAAAGAGCAUCGUCCUUGGUCGCGAGCCUCGGAAGGACAGUCGUUAUCAAAAGUGUUUCCUGGGGCCAGAAGUGUAGCUUUCGUACCCGUUUGGGAUCCUAAGCGGGAUCGAUGGCUGGCGGGGGGCUUUGCCUACACUCUGACACCUACGAGAUCUUUCACUAUUGAGGGCGAGUUGAGCUACCUGAGAGGAUUUGGUAUGCUAGCUAUGUCAGAAGCCCAGAGACUUGAAGCCCUUCUAAUCAACAAGGCGCAGUCCGAUGUGCUUGGUUCCUUAUCUCACGAACUGAGGACGCCUCUCCAUGGAGUCAUGCUUUCAGCCGAGCUACUUGCCGAUACUCAGCUGGACGUCUUUCAGGGGAACCUAUUGCGUACUCUCGAGACAUGCGGUCGAACGCUCACCGAGACUAUCGAUCAUCUUUUAUACUUUUCAAAAGUCAAUCAAGCUGCGGUCCACCAGAAGAGAGAACGCCGGGCUCGGAAGACAUCCAUCGCGCCUGAGCCUGCCGCAAUAUUUGCAGCCAAUAUUUCCACUUCUGAAGUAAGAUUAGAUGCUUUGGUCGAGGAGGUAAUGGACAGUGUUUUUGCUGGCCAUGUCUUUGGACGCAACGAAGCUCAUAAAGUUUGGCAAAAUAGCAGCCGAAGCGGACAUUUGGACACAGGAGAAGUGCAGCCCCCUAAUUCGAACGACUUGACGGGUGGUCGAGCAGACGGCACCAUAAAGCACGAAGUUCCACUUGGGCACAAAAGUCAGGUGGCAAUUUUCCUCGACAUCGAUCCGUAUGUGCCUUAUCGCUUCCUUGUUGCGGCUGGUGCACUCAGACGUGUGGUAAUGAACCUCUUUGGGAAUGCGUUGAAAUAUACACAGCGCGGCACAAUCACAGUAUCACUUUCUCAAAAGCCACUUUAUCCUACCGAACCGGACAAUGACAGACGAGUGGUACGAAUUUCAGUCAUAGACACUGGCCAGGGCAUUUCUCCAGACUUUCUCCAAAACGAUCUUUUCAAGCCAUUUUCACAGGAAAACCAUCUUUCACAUGGCACUGGGUUAGGACUAAGCCUGGUCAAAAAGAUCGUGGGAUCCAUGGGUGGCAAGAUCUCGAUUGAGAGUGCAGUCAACGUCGGAACUACUGCAACAAUCACAUUCCCUCUAACUCGAUCGAACGACCCGUGUGCUUUGCAGGGGCAAGAGAAGAACGAGGCCGACAAGGAAGCGAAACGGUUGAAAGGACUGCGCGUACGUCUAAUUGGCUUCCCCUCAGAGGAGGAGAUCCAGUCACAAACUGCAAGUGGUAUUCCCAUGUCUGCCAUGCAGACCAUGUGUCAUCGAUGGUUGGAAAUGGACGUUAUUCACGAGUCUUCGAGCCAACAUGUGGCACCAGACAUCGUUUUAUGUAACGAGAUCGCAGUCGAUGAUCCAGUUCUCACUAGUCCAGAGCUCGCUAGGUCUCCUAUAGUUGUUAUAUGCGCCACUGCCAUUACAGCACACAAACGUUCUUCUCGGCGAGAUACAUCGGAGGAACAGCGAGUGUAUGAGUUUGUUUCUCAACCCAUCGGCCCGCACAAGCUCGCCAGGAUUCUCCAUAUAGCAUUCCGCCGAUGGGGAGAUUUGCAAGCUCUAUCACCAAUGACGCCAAAGGAAGCAGAGAGGGGUCUAUUAUGCAAUUCUCCAGACAGAUCGGAGAGACCAUCGAGAAGACACUUGGGUGGAGGGGAUGCUGGAGUCGAUGUUUCAAAUGAUGAACCCGCGCCGUCAGAUUCAAAACCCAAGUCUGCGAAACGUCCUAAGCCGCCAACACGAGCCCCAUCAGCCCAAGUCUUCCCUGAAUCGACCCAGGAAUCAACUUUGGCAGAUGAGACUAAGAGCUUCUUACUCGUUGAUGACAACCCUAUCAACCUCUCAAUAUUGUGCGCUUACAUGAAGAAGCUGAAAAGUAAAUAUGCUACGGCAGCAGAUGGACUGGAGGCUGUAGAACGCUUUCAGGAAAACCCCGACUUGUUUAGCUGUAUUCUGAUGGAUAUCAGCAUGCCAAGGAUGGACGGGAUUGAAGCUACAAAACAGAUACGAGCCUUUGAGCACAGCAAAGAGCGAGAGCCUGUGGUUAUACUUGCCUUGACCGGACUGGCUUCGGCAAGUGCCCAACAGGAUGCAUAUGCGAGCGGUGUGGACGUUUUCCUGUCCAAGCCUGUUAAACUUAAGGAGUUGAGCACCAUAUUGAGAGACAGGAACUUGGUGUGA